AUGUUGAACGAUCUAGAAGCACAUAACGCAUCGAUGCAAGGAGAUGCUAGCCAACACGCCCAGCUACACGAGGCAAUGUUCGGAAGCAAUAACGCUGAUGGUAUUGCAAAUGCAGUUUUAUUCCAUUUCUACUCUGCGCAGCUCAACCUCUUGAGAGAGACUUGCUUCAAACCUUUACCAGCAUUUCUGCAGCUUUGUGCGGAUCAACCGAGUUUGGAGGACUUAUUCGGCUUCUGUCUGACAGUUUCACGCAUCGUUCGCAGCUUGAAAGAUCGACAACGAAGCAUCGGCGAUAUUAUAGGUGUAUUGUUGAAGGAGCAUCAACAUCGCAUCGAGAAUGUGCUUUCAGAUAUCCUUUUGACAUCACGGCACGCUAUUUUCGCGAUCCUAGGAAUAUUCACAAUAAUGUACAAAUUGCCCUCAAAGCCUGCCACAAAUCAUUCUGAGGCAAUAGUACAUUCGACAGCAACAGAAACAAUGGCGCUACAACAUAUAGAUCAAUCUGGACGUCCCAUGAGAGCCCUACUCCAAUCCGCGGGAGCGAGCUUGUCUCCGAAGGUCACGGACUCCUCAGCUUCAUCUUUCCCAGUAUCAACUCUCAACUUUUCAACUUUGGCCCUGAGAAUUUCAGGAAGGGGCAUCACAAUAGUCUGGGUCGAUGACCUCAUUUGUGCUAAGUAUGAGGAACCAAUGAUGCCAUUCAGCCCUCAACAGUAGUGUGAUAUCAGCCUGCCAAAUUCUAUCGUGCGGGCAGGAGAAAAUUCGAG